AUGGCGGAGAUCGCUAGUAACCGCGCUGUCGACCCCGACGCGCAGGCUGCGGUGACAGACUUUCUCGACUAUACUGAAUAUCUCCCCUCCGAUCUUAUUCGCUCUCUGACCCUUAUCCGUGGCCUCGAUGACACCUAUCUGAACAGUUCUUCAACGCUCAAUGACCUUACCAAGCUCUAUGGCUCUCUCCCGAACAUUGCGCCCCCUCUCCGUCCGAACGUCCAAGAGCUCCGCGCUCAAAUCUCCACGAGUCUAGAUCAAGCUCUGAACGCCCGUGAAUCCGCAUAUGCAGAAGCCUGCCGGCUGUUUGACGUCGUGGAGCGACAUCAUAACAGAUUGAGGAGUAUCAUCGCCAAAUUGAACGCCAUACCAAAGCCUCCAUCGCGGGAUCCCACUCCUCAGCCAACACCCUCCAGCCAAGUGAAGCGAUCACGGAGCGGGAGAAAGAUCGAGACUGGCACGUCGACGAGACUAACCCUGCAUCCUCCCCGUGGGAGUGCGGUCGCCUCCGCAAUCCUCAAAAGACCCCGUGGCCGCCGCGUCACUGUCCCGGGAGAUGUCAUGCCACCAUACGAUCCCGACUCGCCUAUCGCAAGUACAGAAGUCUCGGACUGGGAAUCCCCGCCAUCUUCACCUCCACGCCCUGUUCUCAAACUCAAACAACCUAAGCCACAGGCGCCGCCAAAGCUCCCGAAACAGAAGCCUCUGCCACGCGACGAAAAGACCCGCGAAUCUCGAGAGGCAACUGAGCCUUAUCACAAACCAACUCCUCCCCCCGAAGAUGCUGAGAUCGGAAGCAAGUACAGGCCAUGGACGCACUUGACUGAGUACGAGAUGUACAGGCUCCGGAAGAAAAUGAAGAAAAACCAUGCAUGGGAGCCUAGCGAUGUUAUGAUCAGACGCGAAUUGGCAGACCGUGGUAGAGGAUGGGACAAUUACUACCGUGCAAAGGCAGAAGCUCAAGCAAAUGGGACCAGGUUCAUCGACAUCGAUAGUAUCGAAAAACUAACACCGAAAGAUGAGAGAGCUGACAAACUACAAACAGAAAUCCUUGAUCAGGUAGAAAGCGUGGAGAAGCCAGACGCGGCAGACACAGUGGGGAAGGCAGAGGAGGUGGACAUCCCAACGCAAGAGCCAGAGGUCGUGGAUAAGUCUGAGGAAUCUGCCGCAGGCCCGAGUGGCACGCCUGCUCCGAAAACCAAAUCCACGAAGAAAAAUGAAAAGAAAGAGAAGAAGCCGGAUCCUGCGCGGUCGCAAGCAGCCCUUGCAGCCCAAGAGGCUGAACUUGCAGCCCGAAGGCUGGGAGAUAUCGGCUCCAAAUUUCGCACUCUGUUCACGACUCCAUUCACUUCAGCCCUUGCAUCGCUGAGCCGAAGUGCCAGCACCCCGGUCGCUACUAACCGGGCAAUUACGACAGGAAGGAAAGGCACAGAAAAGACGUCCAGGAAGAGAAAGGCUGAAGACACACCAACUUCAUCGGUCUCCCCGUCAGUGGAGCCGGAAGCCGCAAGAAAAAAGCAAAAGAUUGCGCCUAAACCAUCGCCUCUUGCAGUCAGUCCAGUCCCAGUCACAACUCCUACAUCUCCUGCCGCUACAAGUAGCGAACCUCCUCCUUCUACCAGUACGGGAACCAUUAAAAUUCCACUGAAACUCAAUGUGGCUGCUGCAGCUGCAGCUCCAUCUCCGGGAAUAGCUUCUGCCAAUGCAAGCAAGACACCAACCCCUGCUCCGACAACCCGUGCUCCCAGUGUGCAGCGCAACUCAGUCGCACCAAAGCCAGAGACUACCCCGCCAGCAUCGACGACGGCCUCCUCUCGACCUCCCUCGCGACGCUCCGCCGCUGCAUCCGUGGAACCCCAGCUACCUACCGCGAGAUCGAGCCGACGGGCGUCCAUCACGCCUUCUCUCGUUGGAGGGCAGAAGACACCCGCUGAGAGGGAAGCACAAGGGCCGAGUCCGAAAGCAAUCAUCGCCGUCCCCACAGCAGCGAGCCGCCGUAGCAAACGUGAUGCUCCGGGAACAGUCAUGCAGUCGAGUCAAGACGGAGGCGCUGCCGUGAGCGUGAGCAAGCGUAAGACCAAACCUGCCAAGAAGUCAUCCUCCACGGCCCAGAUACCUCAGAUUAGGAUCGACGUUGAUGGAAGGCAAGAAAUUGUGGAUCCAGAUGAGGAGCGAGGUCGCGUUGGAGUUCUGCAUUUCACGCCUCCUGUGGCAAGGAACGUCGAGGCGCUGGAAGAGCGUAUCUUCGAUUUCCGUGGAGGAAAGUUCUCGUCAGUCGUGUUGGCGUUGAUCAACUAG